AUGGCUUUAAUUGACAGUGAGGCUUCGCUCAAACAAAGGUGCCUGCCCGUGGAGGGGGAUGACUCCCUUUUCGAGUCUCUAAAGGCCAAUGGAGUGAAGACGCUGCGUCAGUUGGCAUUUGCACUGGGGAGCCCACAAACUCCACCGUCCGAUGAUUCUCUGAAGGACCUUGCGGCUAAGGUUUACAAGUGUGCCGAGGGUACUCAGCCUACGAUCGGACAAAUUGCAAAUGUUCGCAUGCUUAUCUUCGAGGCCUCUACACUUGUAGUGGCACAGUUGCGAGCACAGGCGACGGCGGAUGAUUCCGAUCUUGCAGGUCGCAAGCUGCCGCAUGUUGAAAAGCAAGCGCGUUUGACCUCGCAGAAGGCCCGACUUCCCGGGCUGCUGAUAGAGGGAGAGCUGCAGCCCAGCUACGCGCUGGUAGAUGCUUGUGCCCUGAUGUCAGAGUCGAACAGCAUUACUUGGAUCAGCCCCUCGCGUUGCACUAAGCGUGAUGCUGAGGUGCAACAGCUAGGGAAAGAGAAAACCUCUUUGGUACAAAUUGAGGCAGGCACCUUGAAGGUCAGUUCGAGCAGCAAGUUGCCUGAUGCUGAUACAACCACUGCCUUGCAGCUUCUGUAUUGCUUCCAGAGGCGAGGGUUGGCGUUGGAUCAGUGCAGCCUCAUCGGCUGGUCGGACCAUGAGUGGUACGUACAGAGCCUUAUGUCCUAUCUUCAUGGAGAGCCGGUGUCAGGAGCCAGGCCCGCGAUCGCCCAGGUCAUUCGGGCAGACCGGGAGGCUUGGACACUGAUGAGCCGUGAGAUCGAGGGACCAAUUGGGGUGAAGGAUGCGGCUGGCGAGCUGGUGAUGGCGGCUGCUUUGAGGCGGUUGGCCAAAGACCCUCGCGUAGUCGUUCAUCUUGUUACGGCUCCGCAGCCGCAGAAAGUCGCUCCACCGCCUUCCAUCCCUACCGGCUCGGCUGCUGCUGCAGCCUUGGCUGAGAAGGAUACCAAGAAGAAGAAGCGCAAGCGUCUUACCGGCCUUGUACCGGAGUCUUUGAAGGGAUGUGUCACCAAGAUCAAGGUUGAGGAGACUCCCGCUGCCUCGAGUGAAGCUUCGCGAGCCUCGAGUGAUGUGGAGUCUCUCGCCGCGUCAAUUUUGCAAACGCCUGCUCCUUUCGAUAAAUCUUCGCUGUCGCAGCUGAUUGAGCUGCUGCCGAUGCAAAGCCCCCCACGGGGGAGUGUUGGACGCUCCUUCGCUGCCGGGGCGUAUGCAAAAGGGGGUCUGUAUGGCCUUCACUCAAAUACCAAUCUUUUUCCAAAUGUGUGCGCUGUCUUUGCAGCGCAAAUCCGGAGUUUGGCUCCGGGCGAGUGCUUUACAAGCUUUGUUAUUCUAGAUGACUGUUCCGCCGAGGUGCAUCGCGAUUCCAACAAUGACGACUCCCACUGCAACAUCCUGCUGAAGUUGUCCGAGUUUCAGGGCGGGGCCGUUUGGGUAGAGGGUGAUGGUGACAUUGAGGUGACUGAUCCAAAGGGACGUGUCUUGAAGGGUCAUGAGUUGUCUUGGGAAAACAACAAAAUCACUUUGGAUGCGAGGAACUUGUAUCAUGCUACACUCCCCUGGACGGGGCGACGACUGGUGCUGGUAGGAUACCACGUCAGGGACUUCCAAAGACUGCCGUGUGACGAUCGCCAGAGGCUGAUUGACAUCGGCUUUCAGUGCCCAUCGAAAUCCGCGCCUUCCCCCCAUAGGACCCUUGGGUUUAGUUCCCCCUCUUCGGGUGUUGUUAGCGAGAGGUCCAGAAGCCCGGUGAAUGCCGAUUCUCAGGCAAAUGUAGGCCAUGUCGGGGACUACCUUUUCCUUGAAGUAAAUGGUCGCACUGCCGAUCUGCAUCGUGCUGCCCGAGCUGCAGGCCUGCGACAUAUACUGUGCAGUGCGCCCCCAUCUUUCGUGCAUGGGGUCAGGUGUCUACCACUUGACUUGGGCCACGACUUGGAGAGCUUCCAAAAACUUGUCGCGGCCGAGAAAAAGCGACUCGCUCUUGUCUGGUGCGAGCUGCCGUCUCAACCGUGCUCCUCUUGGGCAGCAAAUCUUUGCGCCUUGGGUGAGCUUGCCGCCAGUCUUGAAAUUCCCUUUGUCAUAGCGGGUUCUCCAAAAUCGCAAUUUUGGGAUGAUCCAUUCGUCCUUCAGCUGAUUCAAAGUUUCCCUUUGCAGUUGCACCGAUGUGACCUGUGUUGUCAUGGUGACGGCCGCCCUCGGCCUUACCAAAUGGCCACUGCACAAGGGGAUUGGUCAGCCUUGGCCCUCAAGUGCUCGGGCUUGCAUGCACACGCACCGUGGGUGCCGCGAAAGACUGGAGAUCCGCCUCCAGGUUUGCCCAGUCUUUUCUGUCAACGUGUCAUCGCUAAGGCUAAGGCCAAAGCUGCCCUUCUCCAGUCAGGAGUUCGUGAGUUUGGCACGGUUUCUCAAACUCGAGAGUCCGAUUCAACCUUCGAUGGCAGGUUGGCGUUGAACGCCUUGCCGCGCGGCCGACGCAACCCUGCUUUAGUGCAAGAGUUUGUAUCCUUCAAGUUCGUGGCUGUGCCUGCUGACCCGCCGUCGGCCGAUGAAUCUUUGCUUGCUGGACUGCCUAAAGGAGCUCGGGUCUUGUCUCGCCUGACCUUUGACGGGGGCUACGAAGAGGCUUGUAAGACCUUGAGCAUAUCCUCCGGUGAAGUUUCCAUUGCAGAUGGCAAAUCAGAACUGCUUGAAGGUGAGUUGAUUAGGAUUGGCCUGCCUUCCGAACCCAACGCCUUCGUGCAAAGAGCAGUGCAAGCCGGCCACCCUAGGGACGGAAGUGCACAUGUCUCGAAGCUUGUCGUAAAUGCAAUCAAAGCGAACUUCAGCGACCCGCCGGCGCAAACUGUCACCUCUCGUGCUGCUGCUCUUAAACAUUGGACUGCACGAGCCAAGCAAUUAGAGCAUAAAGAGGAGGAGUUACACCGGAGUUUGCCGGGGCACCUUCGUUGUCUGCUGGAGGGCAAACGGUUGCUCUUGUGGCAAGAAAUGCACGAAGCAGCUGGAUCUCCAGAUGACCAGCUAAUCACCCACAUGUGUGAUGGAUUUAAGUUGUCUGGUUGGUUAUCGCAGGGUCUGAAUCAGUCGACGAUUGCGAAAAUGCGUGUCCGGCAGGAUGAAGACUUGGAAAAGGCAACUUGGCAGGAAACUGAGAAGGAACUGCAAAAGGGUUGGAUUUUUGCUGACACAAAAAGUUGCAUAGAGCUUUGCGCUCUGGCCCGCAGAUUUGGAAUCAGACAGCUUGACAAAGUGCGUGUCAUAGACGAUGCCAGCAUUUGUGGCAUCAACGCUACCGUUGGCUUGAAGUAUGGUUUCCAAAUGCAUUCCAUUGAUAGAUAUGCUGCGUGGAUCUCCAAGGCGCUACGCAUCAAUGAGGGCAGACUGCCUGCCUGCAAAGGAGAGGCGGAGCCCAUGAUUAUGGGAGCAAACUCCUUACCGUUCGGUGCGGUGGGAAGUGUUGCUGCUUUCCUCCGUAUCUCGUUGAGCAUCUGGCUGAUAGGAGUGAGGCUGUUCAGUAUCUUCUGGACCGCUUUUUUCGAUGACUACGGAGUCACGACUCGCGAUGAGCUUGUUGCCAACACAGACUCUUGCAUAUGUGCCAUUUUUGAUCUUCUUGGAGUUGAAUUUGCUCGGGAGGGCAAAAAGGCACCACCGUUCUCACGAGACUUUAAACUGCUUGGAGUCAGAGUCGAUUUGAAUGAUGCACCUCGGGGGAUUGUGCGAAUCGGCAACACUGCCGAGCGUCGCGAAGAACUGAACGUGUUCAUCGAAGACAUCUUGCAAGCCAAUUGUCUCGACCUUAAGACCGCUGAAAGGCUCCGAGGCAGGUUGGUGUUUUUCGAGGGGUUUGUUUUCGGGCGAAUGUCGAAUUCGGCCAUCCGAACUGUGGAUCGAGCGGCCAGGGCGGGACUCACUUCGAAGAGGCUGCCCGAGGAUGUUAGAAAGAGCCUCGUUGUCAUUCGCGAGAGGCUGAGGGUGGCUGAGCCUGUGACCAUCGCUACCAAAAACCAUCACUCUUGGCUUAUCUUCACAGAUGGAGCCUGCGAAGGCGAGAAGAAGCUAGGAUCCAUUGGAGGAGUGAUCGUGGGCUUGAGUGGCCAUCCGAUAUCCUUCUUCAGUGAGCAAGUCCCACAGGAUAUCAUGAAGAUCUUGUUGAGCAACUCGCAGAAUCCCAUUUUCGAACUUGAACUUCUGCCGGUCCUAGUUGCUUAUAGGCUCUGGGGCCAGUGGUGCAGAUUUUCUCAAGCCGUUUUUUACUUGGAUAAUGAAGGUGCUCGCCAUUCGAUAAUAGCCGCGGGAGGAGGCGCCGAUCUCGCUCGUGUGAUUAUCGAUGGCAUCCUCUCGAAGGAAACUUCCCUUCAAAUCCACGCAUGGUACGCCCGUGUACCUACGCAUAGCAACAUUGCAGACUCCCCGAGCAGAGGUGAGUACGAAGGUCUCUUGAACAUUGGAUGCUCAAGGCUUCGCGUCGACUGGGAUGCGGUGGCACGGCAGUGUUUUCCAUUGGGGUGA